AUGGGUCGUGUCAUCAGAGCUCAACGAAAGGGAGCAGGUUCCGUCUUCAAGUCCCACACCCACCACCGCAAGGGUCCUGCCAAGUUCCGCAGCCUCGACUACGGCGAGAGAAAUGGAUACCUAAAGGGCGUCGUGACUGAGAUCAUCCACGAUCCUGGCCGUGGUGCGCCGCUUGCUCGCGUCGCUUUCCGUCAUCCUUUCCUGUGA